AUGUUCACCAAGUCAGUCUUUCUCUUCGUGAGCUUUUUGGCUCUUGCCCACGCCCGCUUCGGCCAGGAAAACGCCGUUCAGAACAUCAUAUCCGCCAUUGGCGGCAACAACGGUGCUGCAGCUACCCUUGCCGGCCAGUCCAUCGGCACCUUACUCGCUGGUGCCAACGCUUGUGCCAAGCUGUCAUUGGCGGACCAAGUCGCAGCACUCGACGGUGCUGGUGCCCUCGACGCUGCAAAGGCGCUAGUACAGGCGGAGAAGAACUUCAACCCAUUCGCAGUCACCAUCCCGAGUUUCUGUAGCGAUGCGAGCCUCCCGGCAACUGAGGCGCUGAGGGGUAUUCUGCCAUUGGUAGAUCCCGAUCUCGAUGGUGCGGCAGCCCAGAAUGCUGCGAGUGCAGCAAGCCUUAAUGCGCCAGUUGAUGCCACGGGCCUGAGUAUCGCGGAUAUCGUGCAGGCACAGGGGAGCAUCACUGAUUUCACUGCCCAGGCGGCAGACGGCGCGGCGACUGCGGUGGGAGGUGGGGGUGCUGCUGACGCGGGUGCUGCGACGGGCGCGGGUGAUGCUGCUGCUGGUGACAAUGCGAAUAAUAAUGGUGGGAACGGUAAUGACAACGCCGCCGAUAACACGGGUGAUAAUACGGGGAAUGGAAAUGAUAACGCUGCCGACGCUGGUGCAAACAACGGUAAUGGAAACAAUGCCAACAACAAUAACGGAAAUAACGCCAACAACAAUAAUGGAAACAACGCCAACAACGCCAAUGGGAAUAACGGAAACAACGCCAACAACAACAAUGGAAAUAACGCCAACAACGGGAAUAACGCGGCCAACGAUGCCAACGCCGCUACAGGCGCUGAUACCUCCACCAAUCUCCAGACCUUUACCUCUGCCAUCGGUGCCGCCGCUGAUCCCAUAACCUUCUCCGGCAAUGCCGACCGCCCAUUCGAUGUUGCUGGGUCCACAUUUGUGAACUUCGCCGCCGCUGCAGCACGCUCCUGUGACCGCCAGUUCAACGCGUGUGCCAAUGGUGCUAACAGCGGUGAUGGGAAUAGCGUGGCCGAUUGUACGGCGCAGAAGGAUGCGUGUACUGCUGCGCAGGCGGAUGCGACGGUGACGAGUUUUGCGGUGAGGUUGAUGAGGGAGAGGAGACGGGAGAGGAGUAGAAGGGAGGCUGGGAGUGCGAAAUGA